AUGGCCAGUACUCGCUUCUGCGCUCUCUUCGCCUUGGCCUUGCUCGCUGCCCAACUUGCCCAAGCUGCCGUUAUACCUGCAAAUAACCUUUUCGGGAGCUCUACGAUCUACCCAUCUUCAUUGUCUCCAUCGGGAGCUACAUCAGCACCAACUGACUCUCCGCAAGACGGGAAUCCGCCUAACUCUACCCUUGGAUACAUGCCCUCUUUCUCCCAUAUGCCACACUCGCGCCCUUCCGAUUUCCCUGGCGAUAGUCCGGCACCAACUGAUCUCCCGAAGCACAAAUUCUCUCCCUCGUACUCGCAAUCUGACAAUCCGCCAGCCAACACAUCGGCCUUCCCUUCUGGAGCCCCCAACAAUGGAUCAGCACCAUCUGACCACUCACAUGAUUCAAAAUCUCAUGAGGGACACGAAGGCCAGCCAGACUCCUUCUCCGACCACCACGACUUUUCUCCGACAAACGCGACCGAUGUUCCAACACCGACGGACAAUGGGAGGAUGCCAACUGAAUCAUAUAACCCUCCACCGUCAUUCUCUGAUGGUGGCGUUCCAUCGGCGUGCCCUUCUCACUUUCAGAAUUUCGCAGUACCAGCACCCACCGAUUUACCAGCAUACAACUCUUCGGCUGGACCGAUUCCACAAGGGUGCCCGACCGCCUUGCCUUCCUCCAUCUGGCCCUCAGAUGGUCCAGCACCUACUGACACUGUCUGA